GGUGCUGCCUCAUUCUGAGGUCAUCUGAUUUUAUUUCACAGUAAGAAACAGACUUUAGUGCAUAAAUGUGAUCGACUGCGGUUCAGGCAUUGAAAUGAUCAUUUCAGCGUUUUCCAUGAGGGACAGUUCGUUCCGGAGAACAUGAUGUGCAGUUCCCUAAUACACUGCAUUAAUAGGAUUGUGAGGAGCGAUUGAGCCUCUGAAGCUCCUUCACGUUUGGUCACAGUCAGGUAUUAGAGCGGCCGCGACGGAGAUGAAGGAUCCACAAAAUCCAGCUGUCAACGCGCGGUUAUGGCCAAAGCACAAAAUGUGGAAAAAAUCCAAGGAUCAGACGGCGAAGGCGGACAAACCUGCCCUGCUUUCUCCCUCUUCUGCCGCCGGUGCCGUCCCACAGCUGACGGAGGCCGAGAGACUGAAGCAGACCCCCCUGGAAAGGGUGAUUUACGACAUGGCCCACAACGACAGGGUCGUCAACGAGCUGAUUCUGGGGCGAAGAGUCAGUUUCUAUGAGCUGCGGGGGGAGAUCGGUCAGGGUAACUUCUCUACUGUAAAGCUGGGCAUCCACGCCUUAACAAAAGAAAGAGUCGCCGUUAAAAUCGUGGACAAGACGCGUCUGGAUAAGAAAAGCCAGCCUUUGACCUCCUCCGAGAUCAGCUGCAUGGAGAAGCUGAGCCAUCCCAACAUAGUGCGCCUCUACGAGGUGAUCGACACCAGCAGGAAGCUGUACCUGGUCAUGGAGUACGGCAGCGGCGGAGACCUGUUCUCCAGGAUAACCACCAGAGGGAAACUCAACGACCUGGAGGCCAAACUGGUCUUUGCGCAGAUCAUCUCUGCCAUCAAACACAUGCACGACAGCAACAUCGUCCACAGAGACCUCAAGCCGGAGAACAUCUUCUACACCACCAGCUACUGCAUCAAAGUCGGCGACUUUGGCUUCAGCACGCAGUCCGGCCCCGGCGAGCUCCUCACGCAUUUCUGCGGCUCGCCGCCGUAUGCCGCUCCUGAACUUUUCAGGCAGAAGGGAUACGUGGGAUUUUACGCAGACAUCUGGGCUUUGGGGGUUCUGUUGUACUUCAUGGUCACAGCGACGUUGCCCUUUUUCGGGGAGAACCUGGGGAGGCUGAAGCGCUGCAUCCUGCAGGGAGCUUACAGCAUCCCAGCUUAUGUGCCUGAGCCGUGCCAGCUGGUCAUCAAGGGCAUGCUGCGGAUCGUGCCAGCCGACCGCUGCACCGUCCCACAGAUCACAGACAGCACUUGGUUAAAGGGGAUCGACUACCCCGGCCCGUACCAGCUUCUGCCGGGGUCGCCGUCGCAUUUCGCUCAGCCUGGCAGGGUCCUGAGUCCUGAGGAGCAAGAAGUGAAAAACCUGAUGUCAACUUUGGGUAUUUUGGCAGUGAAUCUCCAGAAUAAUCAAUGCUUAGACUGCAGAAGCCCGCUUACGGGAACGUACCGGAUCCUGUUGCACCGGGCUCAGAAGAGGAGGUCGGUCCAGGCCGUGGGAUACUCGGUGCUUCACCCCGAGGAGUACGAGAGUCCCAGCAAGUGGUGUGAAGCAUCAGUCGACCGAAGUCUUCCCACUGCUGUGUGUGCUAUACUAUGAUGAGGAAACACUACGGUGGCCCUGAAGGUCAAAUCAUUUAAUGGGAAAACCAAUUAAAGACCGGAACAACGAAUAAAAAAGCAAAACAACGAACAAUAAAACGUUACAUUUUCACAAUCACGACAAAAUUCCAGAAACCAAAAUACAAAAAGUUAACAUUUUGGGAAGCAAAACUAUUUUACAGAAAUCAAUGAAAGAUUAAAAAUGAAACAGAAUAAGAAACAGGAAAAGUAAGUAUUAUGGGAUGUCAUUGAUUGGAUGAUGAUGUUUAAGUUUUGAAGAAAGUUGAAAGGUGAAUUAACGUCAUCAUCCAAUCAGUGAUAACCCUUAAUACCUGUUUUUUCCACUUUCACUUUCGUUUUUUUCCUUUAUUUGGAAUUACAUUUUGGUUUUGGGAAUUUUGUUUUGAUUUCUAAAAUUUGAAUACUAUUUUAAUUAUGUGUUAAUUAUUGUUUUCCUGUUUCUCUUUCUUUAUUAUAGUAUCUUCCACCAUUUAAUAUUUUCCAGGAUUUCUGCCUCCAUUGAAAUCCAUGGGGAAUCCUUGGAGCA